AAUUAAUGUAUUGUUUGUUUAGUGUUAUGUUGUGUUCUGUAGCGGCGUUGCUGGCUUGCAUCAACCCCCAAAAAUGGGGAGUUUGCCUCACCAAUAUUUACAUGCAAAAAUCGCCACUGAUGAUAUGUAAUUGCGAUUCUCACAAUUCUAUAUGUAUUGCGAUUCAAUACUGAGAUAGUAUUGCAAUUUGAUGUUCCAAACAUAUUGCUAACAAUAUGUUUGCUGUAUUAUUUGAAAAAUGUCAAUAGAACCCCGAAAAGCCUUUAUGCACAAUAUUGCUAUAAUAACCAUCAUAUUGAAGUAAACUUGGGAGUCGCAUAUGAUAUGCUGUGUGGUCCUUUCACUAUGACCUUUGAAAGUAUGCAGUUUAUUAGGUUACAGAUGAAAGAGGCCCUAUGUUAUGGUGAACUUCACAGGGGUGGUGAAAGUGCAUUGUGUUCCUUUCCAGUAGAUAUCGAGGGUAUUAUUCUGGUGACAUGAUGAUCGAUGCUUGACUGCCAUUUGACAAAUAAAAACGAUCUCGCUCACUCACCACGUUUCCAUCCACAGUUUUUAUGCUUGAGUUAAGUCAUACUGUUUGAAAAUAAAAUCUUGACACCUGUGAUGGAAACAGGGAUUUAAGGAACACUUUUAUAAAUGCCUUUGUUCGUUUGACAUGGAGGGAUAUUUUUGUUUAUUAGGCUAUAAUAAGUUAUAAAUUAUGAUGAACUUCACAGGGUGGUGAAUAUCGAGGGUCUUAUUCUGGUGAAAUGAUGAUCGAUGCUUUACUGCCGCUUGACAAAUACACAUAGUUUUGCUCUUAUCUAUAAUAAUCUCAUCAUGUUGACAAUUGUUUUUUGUCUAUUAUCCAUAAUAGUCUAAUCAUGUAGAUUUGUAUAGCCUACCAACAGAGCCUAACCACACUGUAUCUGUGAGUUGUUGCUAUGGUGCAUGUCCCAAGACCAGAGUAGGCACAUUUGCUAUUUAAUGCAACUGUUGAAAAUGUGAUGGAAACACAUUGAAGCGAAAAAGUACAUUUUGUGUGCACUAUAUCAUCACUCAGUGAUUUAUCUAAAUAUUUUUUAUCUGCAACAAGUCCUGGUGGAAACACCACUGGUGGGGAAAAUGCGUAUAUUUUCUUUAUGCACAUUUUUGAAUAUUUGCAUGAAAAUCUGUCAACAAUUGGAAGGAAACUAGCUAGUCAUGGAAGUAAAAGUGUUGGUUCACUAUUUAAAAAGAAGAUGGAGAACAAGCUAUAGGACUAAAAAUACCAGAGUUUGGGUGCAGGUACAGGCGACUAGUGCUAGCUAAAGCUAUAUAGCAAGAAUUUAAAAUAAAUAAAACAUUGUAAUAUCGAUUUCUUUCCCCCAUCACUACUAGUAGGCCUAGGCUACCUAAUGUUUGGUGUACCUCUUUUUAUAUAGUAUCACUAGGCUAUGUGGAAAAAAGGAAAAUAACAACAUAAUGAUACCACAAAAACGUUUUUUAAACAGUUGGUAAGCAUAGAGUCAAAUACUCGUAUCUCAAGUCGCUAUGGUGCAUAAAGAUGGAGGAAUUCCGAUAUGAAUUAUUCCUUUGAGCACUAUCACAUACUUUUAGAACUAUGGUUCAAUGUUGCAGCAAUUUGAAAAAAAACUAAAAAGUAGAUUGUGCUGAUUUAUAGGCACAUUGAACCAUAGUUUUAAAAGUAUGUAGAUAGAUAGUGCUCAAAUAAAUCAUAUCGGAAUUCCUCCAUCUUUAUGCACCAUAGUAAUGGUAAUAAUAGUAAUACAGUCAGUGUUAGAUAGCAUUUAAUUUUCAGUCUCACCCAAGCAAGGACUGUCUGAACUAAGUUAACGUUAGUUAGAAAACUAAACUCAGUCUCUUUGGAGGAGAUCCCGGCUCCACGAAUGUCGGACAGUGAAGACAGCGACUUCUCUGACAACCAGAGUGAACAAAGUAGCGAAGCCGAGGAGGUGGAUAAAAAUGAGGCAGAGGAAGAUGGGCAGGCAAGUUUAUCUGGCAGUGACAAGGCAGCAGAAGAGGAAGGGGAAGACUUGGCAGAUGAGUAUGACGAAGAGGAGGAAGAGGAUGAUGAUGACCGUCCCAGAAAGAAACCCAGGCAUGGAGGUUUCAUCUUAGAUGAAGCCGAUGUGGAUGAUGAGUAUGAAGAUGAAGACCCGUGGGAGGAAGGUGCUGAGGAUAUUUUAGAGAAAGCAGAGGAAGCGGAGGUGUCCAACAUUGACCAUGUGGUCCUGGAUGAGGACAACUCUGGCUCCCGCAGGCUGCAGAACCUCUGGAGAGAUUCCAGAGAAGAGGCCUUGGGUGAAUAUUACAUGAGGAAAUAUGCCAAGCAAUCAGGAAAUGAUUUUCCUGGGGGUUCUGAGGAACUGUCUGAUGACAUCACCCAGCAGCAGCUGCUCCCUGGCGUCAAGGAUCCUAAUCUUUGGACGGUCAAGUGUAAGAUUGGAGAAGAGAGAGCAACCGCCAUCGCAUUGAUGAGGAAAUGCAUUGCCUAUCAAUUCACAGACACGCCCCUCCAAAUCAAGUCGGUAGUGGCUCCCGAACAUGUCAAAGGUUACAUCUAUGUGGAGUCGUACAAGCAGACUCACGUCAAGGCUGCAAUUGAUUGAAUAGGCAACCUGAGGAUGGGCUUCUGGAACCAGCAGAUGGUUCCCAUCAAGGAGAUGACAGACGUCCUCAAGGUGGUCAAAGAGGUGACUAACCUCAAGCCCAAGUCCUGGGUCCGCCUCAAGAGAGGCCUCUACAAAGAUGACAUUGCCCAGGUGGACUAUGUGGAGCCCAGUCAGAACACGAUAUCACUGAAGAUGAUUCCCAGGAUAGAUUUGGACAGAAUUAAGGCCCGUAUGAGCAUGAAAGACUGGUUUGCAAAGCGGAAGAAGUUCAAGAGACCAGCCCAGAGACUCUUCGAUGCGGAAAAGAUCAGGUCACUUGGUGGGGAUGUCAGCCACGAUGGAGACUUCAUGAUAUUUGAAGCUAACCGCUACAGCCGUAAAGGGUUCCUCUUCAAGAGCUUUGCCAUGUCUGCUGUGAUCACUGAAGGAGUGAAACCCACUCUGUCAGAGCUGGAUAAGUUUGAGGAUCAGCCAGAAGGCAUUGAUCUGGAGGUGGUGACUGAAACCGCAGGUAAAGAGCGUGAGCACAACCUCCAGGCUGGGGACAACGUGGAGGUGUGUGAAGGGGAGCUGAUCAACUUGCAGGGCAAGAUCCUGAGUGUGGAUGGCAACAAGAUCACCAUCAUGCCCAAGCAUGAGGACCUGAAGGAUCCGCUGGAGUUCCCGGCCCAUGAAUUGAGGAAGUACUUCCGUAUGGGUGACCACGUCAAGUUGAUAGCAGGCCGCUACGAGGGCGACACCGGCCUCAUCGUACGCGUGGAGGAGAACUUUGUCAUCCUCUUCUCUGACCUCACCAUGCACGAGUUGAAGGUCCUGCCCCGGGACUUACAGCUGUGCUCUGAGACGGCGUCAGGGGUAGAUGCUGGGGGCCAGCACGAAUGGGGAGAGCUGGUCCAACUGGACCCCCAGACCGUGGGAGUCAUUGUCAGGCUGGAGAGAGAGACAUUCCAGGUCCUCAACAUGGACGGCAAGGUGCUGACGGUGCGUCACCAGGCAGUGAAUCGGCGGAAAGACAACCGCUUUGUUGUGGCACUGGACUCUGAGCAGAACAACAUUCACGUGAAAGACAUCGUCAAGGUCAUCGACGGGCCACACUCGGGGCGUGAGGGAGAGAUCCGCCACAUUUUCCGAGGCUUUGCCUUCCUGCACUGUAAAAAGCUGGUGGAGAACGGGGGCAUGUUCGUCUGCAAGACACGCCACGUGGUGCUGGCCGGGGGCUCCAAGCCCAGAGACGUCACCAACUUCACCGUGGGAGGCUUCGCUCCGAGGAGUCCAAGUAUCAGCAGCCCCAAGCAUCCAGGUGGUGGUGGUGGUGGUGGUCAGCAGCAGAGGGGUGGUGGAGGAGGUGGACAGAUGGGGCGUGGCCGGGGCAGGAGGGACAACGACCUGAUUGGACAGACCGUCCGCAUCUCCCAUGGACCAUACAAGGGGUACAUUGGUGUGGUGAAGGAUGCCACUGAGUCGACAGCCAGAGUGGAGCUGCACUCAACAUGCCAGACCAUCUCUGUGGACCGACAGCGUCUCACCACAAUGGGAGCCAAGAGCCAUGGAGGAAUGACUUCCACCCACGGACGCACUCCCAUGUACGGUCCCCAGACCCCCAUGUACGGGACAGGCUCCCGUACCCCCAUGUAUAACUCUCAGACCCCCUUACACGAUGCCAGCCGUACACCGCACUACGGCUCGCAGACCCCGCUGCAUGAUGGGAGCAGAACGCCGGGGCAGAGCGGAGCGUGGGACCCCAACAACCCCAACACACCGUCCAGGGCGGACGAUGACUUUGAGUUUGGUUAUGAUGACGAGCCCUCGCCGUCCCCUCAGGGCUACGGGGGCACGCCUAACCCCCAGACCCCUGGCUACCCAGAGGUGCCCUCACCCCAGGUCAAUCCCCAGUACAACCCCCAGACCCCAGGCACCCCAGCCAUGUACAACACGGAACAGUACUCGCCGUACACUGCCCCCUCCCCACAGGGCUCGUACCAGCCCAGCCCCAGUCCCCAGAGCUACCAUCAGGUGGCCCCCAGCCCAGUGGGCUACCAGAACACACACUCACCAGCCAGCUACCACCCCACACCCUCACCCAUGGCAUACCAGGCCAGUCCGAGCCCCAGCCCGGUAGGCUACAGCCCCAUGACCCCCGGCGCCCCCUCCCCUGGCGGCUACAACCCCCACACCCCCGGCUCCAACAUCGACCAGACCUCCUGCGACUGGGUCACCACCGACAUCCUAGUGCACGUUAAGGACACCUUCCUGGACAGCCAGGUGGUUAACCAGACGGGCGUCAUCCGCAGUGUCACGGGUGGCAUGUGCUCAGUCUUCCUCCAGGACACAGAGAAGGUGGUGAGCAUCUCCAGUGAACACCUAGAGCCUGUCACCCCAACUAAGAACAACAAGGUGAAGGUGAUUUUAGGGGAGGACCGCGAGGCCACGGGGAUCCUACUGAGUAUUGAUGGGGACGACGGCAUCGUCAGGAUGGAGCUGGAUGACCAGCUGAAGAUUCUCAACCUCCGCUUCCUGGGCAAGCUGGAGCUCUGAGCCCUCACACCCCAACCUCACAACACGCCCUCACUGCAAAGCAACGUCACUCAAAACAAGCAGAAUAUGUGCCCCCAUGUUCACUAUCAAAGAUUAAAAUUGCCCGUGUAAUUUAUUUUCAGCCAAACUUGUGCUCUUAGUGAACUCGCAUUGGUUUUUAGUGCUCUGUGGUUGUAAUUUCUGUCUGUUCUUUACUUUUUUUGUUAUAGAAACUACCUUUUGGUUAUGCGUGUACAAUGUCAAUUAAAUAUUAACUGUU